AAAUAAUCUUUCCAGUGUGUUACAAAAUAACAUCAACAAAACACCGGUGUACGCCGCUGAAUGUAACGAACGCUGGAAUUGCAGAGCAUGAUGGGAAAAAAGUUCAAGCGUCAUGUUAAUAAAACUUGAAUGUCGCUAGUUAUGGAGAGACAACUAAAAUAAAAAUACGGCAAAUAAUUAAUAAAAUAAAAAAUAUUUUUUAUUAUGAAUGACUGUAAUGAUUUGGUUAUGCUGUUCCUACAUUUCCCAGUAUGCAUCGCGCCCCGAAUGACUUCUCAACCCUGAAUAAAAACAAGCCGAUCAGCUGAUGUCAAAGCAACAACAUCUCUUCCCAGGGUCUGACACAGUAAGCUAACUUUCUCGCCGAGGUUAGUACGUGGCACCGGGGCGCAAUGUUACGUUAUUAUUAGCCAGCGUACACUUUUAGAAUGCGUCGAGUCGGCAGUUUAGUUAAGUCGAGUCAUUCCCUGUCGGCGGAGACUGUUAACCGUUGCUAGGUCAGCCGAUUGACACGAAGGUUGUUAUUUUCUUACACAAGUACGACUGCAUGUAUCGCCAAUAGGUACUGACGCAACACUCGGCGAGAAUAUAAAUAUCAUUGGCCACAGUGAACGACGUUUCCCUACUUGGCAUUAACCAAUCAGGUAUAAACGAGGCAAAAGGAUGCUCGAUAGAUAGUAGCUUUGUUUUUAGUCAUCACAUAAGCGAGUGACAUUUACCUUUGAAUUGACUAGUUAUUUUAGGAAGUGUUUUUACGAUUAAAGUACUCAGAUUACAAAGUGUAGGGUUAGUGUUAAGGGCAUGGACAUUAUUGUAAUUUUUUUAAAAAUAAAAUCCCCCUGAAUUAACCUUUGUCCAAAGAAAGGAAUAAAGCCAACAUAACAAAUGGCAAUGUCUGAUUAGAUAUUGUUUGGACAGUUUAGUGCAAACUUGGAUGACUAGAACUAUGGUCUCAAGUUUGUGAAAUUUCCCAAGCUGUGCUGAUAGUGUAGUCCUCCAUUGUUAACCAUGAGUGGUCAAGGUCCAGCUGGAGAUAAAGGCAUGAGCACACCACUAGUCUGCCAGGAGAGUUACGCCUGCGGGGGCUCGGUGGAAGCCUCCUUUGAAUGUGACGAGUGCAGUAGCCUUCAGUGCGCUCGUUGCGAAAUGGAGCUCCACCGACAGGAGCGCAUGAGGAACCACGAUCGGGUUCGCAUCGCCCCGGGUCACGUCCCCUUCUGCGAUUCGUGCAAAGGGGAUGGCGCUGGGUCAGUUUUGGCCGGGCGACUGCGAGCGGCCGUACGCUGCCAGGGAUGCAAGAUCAACCUGUGCUUGGACUGCCAGAAACGCACCCACAGCGGCGGGAACAAAAGAAAGCACCCCCUCACUCCAUACCCCCAGGCCAAAGGUCCCGAGGCGAACAGCGUGAGUGCGGGGGAAUCCGAGCUGGACAUCCUGAAAGACCAGCUGGACAGGGUGUGCAGCUUUCUGUUGGUGGACGAGAAGGAGGAGAUGCAGGUGAAGGACGAGGAGGAGUUUGUGAACAGAUUGGGAUGUGAAACCGACGAGCUCCUCAAGGUGGUCUCUAUCUUUGGGAACACCGGCGAGGGGAAGUCUCACACGCUGAACCACACGUUCUUUCUGGGAAGAGAAGUGUUCAAAACAUCGCCGACGCAGGAGUCCUGCACAGUGGGUGUUUGGGCUGCCAUGGACCCGCUGCACCGUGUGGUUGUCAUUGACACGGAAGGACUGCUCGGAGCUGGGUCCAGCCAGGGUCAGCGAACUCGCCUUCUCCUCAAAGUCUUGGCCAUCUCAGAUAUCGUCAUCUACCGGACACACGCAGAUCGUCUCCACGAUGACCUCUUCAAGUUCCUGGGCGAUGCCUCCGAAGCCUACUUAAAGCACUUUGCCAGGGAGUUGAAAGCGACCACCACUCGUUGCGGCCUGGACGUCCCGCUAUCCACGCUGGGGCCCGCAGUUAUCAUCUUCCACGAGACUGUGCACACCAAGCUGUUAGGAUCAGACAAGCCAUCUGAGUCGGCAGACCGCCUCCUCCAGGAGCGCUUCAGAAAGCUGGGUCUAUUCCCCGAGGCCUUCAGUUCCAUUCAGUACCGUGGGACUCGUACCUACAACCCACCCACUGACUUUAGCGGCCUGCAGCGUAGCCUGGAGCAGCAGCUGGACAACAAUGCCACCCGCUCGCCACGCUCCGCGGGCGUCAUCUACAAGGCCCUGCAGGCUCUGAGCGAGCGUUUCAGUGGCGAUAUACCCGAUGAGCACAUGACCAGUAACUCCUUCUUCCCCGAUGAGUACUUCACCUGCUCCUGUAUCUGCCUAAGUUGCGGGUCAGGUUGUAAAAGAAGCAUGAAUCACCUCAAGGAGGGUGUGGAACACGAAGCCAAACAUAGAUGCCGCUACUCCGCUCAGAACGACAACCGCAUCUACACGUGCAAGGCUUGCUACGAAGGAGGCAAGGAGGUGAUCGUGGUUCCUAAGACGACAGCCUCGUCUGACUCGCCAUGGUUUGGCUUGGCCGUCUACGCCUGGUCUGGAUAUGUCAUUGAGUGUCCCAACUGUGGAGUGAUUUACCGUAGCAGGCAGUAUUGGUACGGAAACCAGGAUCCAGUGGAAACAGUGGUCAGAACAGAGAUCCAGCACAUCUGGCCAGGGUCUGAUGGCUUCCUGAAAGACAACCACAAUGCCGCUCAGAGGCUGCUGGACGGAGUCAAGUAUAUCUCCCAGUCAGUAUCGGAGCUCAGCGUCAAGCCGGCCAAAGCGGUCACCUCCUGGCUCACAGACCAGAUUGCGCCCACUUACUGGACACCCAACUCGCUCAUCCUGAAAUGCCACAAAUGUGCGGUGGACUUCCAAACCAACGACACCAAGCACCACUGCCGAGCCUGCGGCGAGGGCUUCUGCGAUGCUUGCUCCUCCAAAACCCGCCCGGUCCCAGAAAGAGGCUGGGGGCUGGCACCCGUCAGAGUGUGCGAUGCCUGCUUCCAGAACAGAGGAAUCCCUACUGAGCUUCUUGAUGCAGCCUUGGAAGAGGAAGGUGGUACCUUUAUAGCAAGAAAGGUCGGGGAGGCAGUUCAGAACACCUUCGGCGCUGUUGUUGGCGCCAUUGACAUACCGCUCGGUCUGGUGAAGGAUGCCGCACGUCCCGCUUACUGGGUCCCAGAUCAGGAUAUCCGUGCCUGCUGCGGCUGCCAGAGGGACUUCUCGGCCUCUCGCCUCUCCAUCCACCACUGCCGCGCCUGCGGUCAAGGCGUGUGCCAGGACUGCUCGCAGGAGCGGCGCGCCGUGCCCUCUCGGGGUUGGGAUCACCCGGUGAGGGUCUGCAGCGUUUGCAGCCAGAAGACCGGGGAACUCUAGCAGGACUUCAAAAUCACGUGGACUCCUUUGUGUCUGGCUCUUCCAGUUGCGAUUGACGACAUUACCCAUUUUAAUCUAUUGUCUCGAAGAAACUUAAAUCUCACAAAGGAAAAUCAAAUUACGUUUUGGACAAUCCCUUUUGGACUUCGGAUUGUAAUCGUUGAUAGGGCCAUCAUGUAGUCCCUAAAUUUACGUCCUAUACUGUUUGUCAAGGUCAGCGUUGGGGAGUUAUGAGAAAAGGGGGCACAAGCACAGCCAUUCACAACGAAAAUUCAGUUGUCCCAUUAAAUCAUCAAUGGACUAAUAUUAUAACAGUACUGUGCAAAAGCCGCCAUUAUCUUAGCAGCCUGGGUAACUAUACAUAAAUCCUCACAUAUUUAGUUAUUUGUGUAUUUUUUGUGGGCCUUUCCUCCUGACAAACUCCUAUAUAUUUACUAUUUUCUUUGCUCAGGCCAAAGCAAUAAAUAUAUUACUUUAUUGCCAUUUUGAUUCCAAGGAACUCGUAUGAGGAGGAGCUUCUGAAUGAUAUUGUAUGUUGACAAACAUAUCAACAUAAAGUAAUACUAGUCGUCAUCAUCCUGUGGUUUCAUAGAGAUGUUUAAUUUAGACAAAAGUACUGCUAUGACACAGUAAUUACUAGGGGUGUGACAAAAUAUCGAAAUGAUGAUAUAUCGUGAUACUUUGUAUCCCAAAAGGUUAUCGAUAUGCUUUUGUCAAGAAUCGACUUCAAAUGGAUUGAACGUCUACGAGUGAUACUCAUGCCAAUUCACAGAAGAAGCUUGUUUUUCUGUUUAUUAGUUUUUUGUAGAAUAUCCUAGAAUGAUUUCCUGAUCAAUGUAUCGAAAAUCGUUGUAUCGCUAUAUCGUCAGAUCAUCAUUAUCGUGAGCUUUGUAUCGUAUCGUAUCGUGAGGUACCAAGCGGUUCCCACUCCUAGUAAUUACUGUAUGGUAUGAAUUAGGGAUGUCCCAAUCCGAUCACGCGAUCACCCCAUUUUUCAAAUUCAUUUUAAAAACCUAUUUGGUUUUCUGCUUCACGCUCAUACAGUGCCAAACCCUCCCUCCUAAGCAGUGCAGCCAAACUGUCCAGUGCAGCUUGCGUUUGGUACUUAAAGUUCACGAUAAUUGACAAGUUUGUAGCUUUGAUCUUGCCAGAGAAGCUUAGUGGCGUUACAAUCGAAGGCAAAAAUGUGUCAAUCAUCGUUAAACUUGCUCCCAGUCAUAAGUGUGCUGUGGCAACUCAUUGUGUGAGAGCCUGUUCUCAACAGCAUGAGCGUCAAAGCAUAAGUGUAUUUGCGCAAUGAAGCAUUUAAUACAGACAAGCAUUUUUCUAUUUUAUUCGUGUUUAACAGUAAUUACCGUUAAGAAGGCAUAUGAAGGAAGGAAACAGUAACAUGUUUGGAACUUUGCUUCAAAUAAAAAAAAAUUUCGGUAUCAGAUCGUCUCUGUAUUGGCAGCUUCUCAAAAUCAGGUGACUUGGACUGGGGUGCAAAAAUAUGCUAUCGGGACAUCCUUAGUAUGAAUCUUUUGCACAGUACUGUUUUUAGUCCACGUUGGUAAGAAAUUUGUUAUCCAUGUCAUUGCCUUCCCGCCUUAAAAAAUGUUAACCAUCUGUGGUCAUUGUUGAAUAUAUCGUAUAGAUGCAUUCCAACGAAUAUGUAAAAAAAAAAAAAAAAAAAGUCAAACCCUAUCCAAUCUAGUAACCCCACAAGCUUUUUGUUAGUUAUUAUACUUUAAAAAGGCGGAUAUUCCCAUAAAAGUAAAGCCUUAAUUAUGACUUGAAAUUUCACAUUGACAUUACUUUGUUUACACCAUUGGAUGAACUUGUUAGCAAUACACCAUUGUUGAGGCUGGACCCUCAAAAAUGUCCUCACUCACGAUAUCUUGGAAUGACUUGAAUCUUAAGCAAUGCAAACAAAUUAAGGUGUGUCACAAAAGAUAUAUCCUAACUAUUACAACGGCAGAGAAGAUAAGGGGAAAGCAGUAGUUCGGAUUUGAAAUACUGUAUAUCGUUUUGUGACACCGGUCCUGUAACGUUUCUGACAUGCCUCACGAGUACUUUUUUCAGGUGGUUUUGAAACAUAUCCUUAGUAUAUCUGCCAAGAAUACAUCUGCAUGUGAGAAUGGUAUUUUUGAUGUUGCAACGAUUUAUUUUCAGGACAUUUUUUUUUCUUUUCAGUGCGGUUUAAUGAUAUCAGAAGAAGUGUCUUUAAAUCAACUCGUUUGGUGAGCGAUCUCAAUCUGAAAACAAGUGCUGUAUAUAACAGUUAAAAACAAAUAAAACACUAAAACAAGGGCACCCCGCUCAAGGAACAAACUGCAAACUUGUGCUGUCUUUUUUUUC